AUGUUUCCUGCAAACUAUGGCACGACGCAGCUUCUCCUCCUCCUCUUCAUCUACGCCGGCUGCUUCCUCCUCUCCUUGCCGCUUUGUGCGAAUCGGCAUGUUGCUGCCGCGGAGUCACCUAUCUCCUUCAGCUUCGACUUCACCAACUCAUCCUCCUACGAUGGGCGCGAUCUCCGUCUGGAGGGCGACGCAAACGUGCACGGCAACAGGGUCUCCCUCACAUGCAACUCGCAUACGAGCCGCAACUUGUUUUGUGCGGGCCGGAUAUCGUAUGUCCAACCGGUGCCGUUCUACCAUAAUGACACCGGCGAGGUGGCGAGCUUCGCCACACAGUUCACCUUCACCAUUGUGCUCCCUCCACUGGGAUAUCCCAAGGGGGAUGGCAUGGCUUUCUUCCUCACCGGAUACAAUUCACAAAUGCCGCCCAACACAGAGGGACGCGGCCUCGGUCUCAUGAACCUCAACACGGGAACCGCCUACGGUGAGGACCGGUUUGUCGCCGUCGAGUUUAACACGUACACGUCCAACGAGACAUCGGACCACAUCGGCAUCGACGUCAACACCGUCAAGAACUCGGUGAAAACGACGAGCUUGGCCAGCCCGGGUCUGGGUGGGACCAUGACGGCGUCCAUCAACUUCACCAGCAGCAGCCGGAUGCUGGUCGCUAGGCUGCACUUCGAUGACGAUCCUUCUGUGCAGCCUGUUGAAGUCAGCGCCGUUUUGCCGGACCCGGUCACGUCUUUGCUCCCGCCGGAGGUGGCAGUGGGGUUCUCUGCGGCCACCGGCGUCAAAAACGCGGAGCUCCAUCAGAUAUUAUCAUGGUCCUUCAACUCGACGCUUGCUCCCAAGAAACCAAAAUUAAUCGGUAUGUUCUUAUUGCUUUAUAUUGUUGUAGGAGCUUGUGUGUUCUUAAUCCUGAUUUGGUUUCUUCUGUCAUGGUUUAUGGGUACACGAGAGCGCAACUCCAUUAUGGCAGGAGCUGGCCUUAGGCAAUUCCUGUAUCGGGAAUUAGCCCAGGCAACAAACAAUUUUUCAAGGGAGAGUAAGCUUGGAGAGGGUAACUUUGGCGCAGUGUACAAGGGGAAAUCACUCAAGGUCGACCAUGGCCAGAAACAAGAUGUUGCUAUCAAGGAGAUCCUCAAGGGGUCUAGUGAAGAAACACAGGACUUCCUCACCGAACUCAACAUUAUUACCAAGACCAAGCACAAGAAUCUGGUCAGGCUGGAAGGUUGGUGCUGCUGCAGCAGAAGCACUUGGAGCUUGAUGUGUUGGUGUUGCCUAAAGCAGGUUGAUCACAAGCUCUUCCUUGUCUAUGAACUGAUGCCAAAGGGCGAUCUCGACAAUCACCUACACAAGAAUAAGGAUACAGUUCUACCAUGGCCAACCAGGUACCAUAUAGUGAAGGGAAUUGCAUCCGCCCUUGUUUACCUUCACCACGACUGUCGGCCCUACAUCCUGCAUAGAGAUAUCAAGCCUGCCAACAUACUUCUUGAUGAUGAAUACAACGCCAAGCUGGCUGAUUUCGGGCUGUCUAGGAUUGCCAACAAAAGCAAUGCCACACUGGUAACCACCGCCGUGGGGACCAUUGCAUACAUGGAUCCAAAUUGCAUGAAAGAUGGUGACGUCAAGUUCAAUCCUAGCACCGACGUCUACAGCUUUGGGCUCGUGCUGCUGGAGAUCGUAUGCGCAGGGCGCAAGACGAGGCAACAAGUAUGGGAACUGUACAUAACCAAGGGAGCCCAGGCACUUACGGUGGAGGAUGUGGCUGAUCAGAGGUUAGGAGGCAACUUUGACAUGGAGCAGGUGCGGCGUGUACUUGUCAUGGGCCUGUGGUGUUCUCUCCCUGAAGGUUCACACCGACCAUCCAUGCGGGAAGCGUUGCGACUACUGGAACAGGACGACACACCGCUGCCUGACCUUGCAACGUGUGCCAUCGGCGCCGCUUCUACUUAA